AUGUCAAAAUCAUCAGUCAAACGCGUGGUAAAUGCAAUCCAAAAAUUCUAUCCUACAGCUUUAGCUGAUAAAUCUUGGGAUAACACAGGUUUACUCUUGGAUUCAAGCGUAGAUGACGCAACACAACCGACGUCUCCAAUCAAGGUUUUACUCACAAUUGACCUCACCCAAUCUGUUGCCGAUGAAGCCAUAAAGAAAGGAGCUAAAUUUGUCAUGGCAUACCACCCAUUUAUAUUUCGUGGCUUGAAAUCGAUAACUCCACAAGAUCCUCAGCAAAAUUCAUUGUUAAAAUUGGUCAAGAAUGAUAUCAGUGUGUAUUCACCACACACAGCUGUCGAUAGUGCAAAGGGUGGCGUGAAUGAUUUCUUGGUGACUGCAAUUGCUGGUGAAUCAAACGUACAAUGUUCCAGCCCUAUUGAGCCGGAUUCAGCAAAUCCUGAAUGUGGAAUGGGUAGGCUAGUCAAUCUCAACCAGCCAUCCACUUUGAAUGAGCUCGUGUCAAGGGUGAAAGAGCAAUUGAGGCUUGAUCAUGUACAGGUUGCUGAGUCAAGAAAAGGAGCCAACCAGGAAAUCAAAUCAAUUGCUAUUUGCGCUGGAUCUGGCGGAGGGGUUUUCAAAGGCGUGAAAGCUGAUUUAUAUUUUACUGGAGAGUUAUCGCACCACGAGGCAUUAUUUUUCAAAGAAAGUGGAUCGUCGGUGAUUUGCUGUAACCAUUCCAACACAGAGCGUCCAUUCUUGAAAUUUAUCAAAGAACAGUUGCAAAAAGAGUUAAAUUCCGAUGAUGAAGUCAUCAUCAGUGAGACAGACAGGGACCCUUUUGAAACUUGGUAA